CAUAAAUAAAAAAAUUCUUACUACUCUGAAAUCGAAUCCACCAUCACUCUCAGUCUCACUCUCAGUGCUCUGAAUUUUUCAAUCUCGCUCUGCCUCCUCAAUCUCUCAGUUCUCUGAAUCUCUCGAUCUUGUUCUGCCUCUUCAAUUUUUGGUUUUGUCUCUUCACAAUCUCUUGCUCUGCCUCGUCGAUCUCAUGCAUGAUUCAAUCGCAGACUCAAUCUCAUUCCAGUAAGGUCAAAUUAAAGGAGAUGUUUAAUUUGAGGAGGUAGGAACUCUAAAAUUGAUUGCGAUGAGCGAGGAAAGAUUGCGAUUCGAAGGAUCGACAAUUCAACGAGCCGAAAAGAGUAAGGAACUUGCAACUUGCCAGGGUGAAGUCAAGGCCUUAAGGGCAACUAAAGCUCUGAAGGAUAAGGCCAUAGAAGAGCUGAGAAAUGAAGUUAGUAAACUGGAUCAGAAACUUAGAACAACUGAGAAUCAUCUUAAGGACAAGAAUCUAGAAAUAAAGAAACUGACAGAAGAAAAGAAAGAUGCUUUGGCUGCGCAAUAUGCAGCAGAAGCAGCUCUUAGAAGGGUACAUUUAGAUCAGAAGGAUGAUGAUUAUAUUCCAUUUGAGAGUGUGAUCACUCCUCUUGAGGAUGAGAUCAAGUUGUAUAAAAAUGAGAUUAAAGCACUGCAAGAAGAUAAGAAGGCAUUGGAACGGCUCACAAAGUCGAAAGAAUUUGCAUUGCUCGAAGCAGAGAGGAUAUUAAGAAGUGCACUAGAGAGGGCUCUAAUAGUUGAGGAAGUUCAGAAUGAAAACUUUGAUCUGAAGAGACAGAUUGAGAUUUGCCAGGCAUGAGUUUCUAUGAUUCUUGUUCACAAUUGGUUUCUAUAGUGAAACUAUUAUGCUGUUCAAUCAAUUUUCAUCUUACCAUUGACUGGAGGAGAACAAAAUCUUAGAGAAAACGCAUCACCAAAAGAUCAUGGAAGUUGAAAAGCUUAGCCAAACCAUUCAUGAACUUGAUGAGGUCAUCUUAGCUAGUGGAACAACUGCUGACGCCAUUCGAGCCGGCAAGCACCAGGAGAGGUUCCUUACAGAGAAGGACAAUCAAUUAGAGUAAUUCCAGAUGGCAUUGACAAGAAUGGAAAGCCUCACAAGCUCGGAUUGUAUUCUGUUGCUAGCAGUGCUCUUAGUGAUCUUGGUAUUGUAUUCUAUUACAGAGAAGGACAAUCAAUUAACUUAUUCUUUUCAUUGUUUGCUAGAGUUGCAGGAGUCAAGCAAGUACCAGUACCAUGAGCAACUUUGGGAUUGUCCUUUCAGCCAUGCCUUACCCAGCUGAGAUCCAGUGACAAGAAUUCUGACUUGGCAUCAAAGGCCACAAUCUCCUCUAGUAAUGUAUGGGUUUAGUAAAAAAGUUGUUGAAUGCCCUGCUGCCAUAACUUUCUGAGAGGUGAAGAGUAGAUCUCUGAUAAAUGCUCAUAAUAGUUUCAUCUGAAAUCUAUUUUGAGUUUACUAGGUAGGAGAGAUUGGAAGAAUGAAAAUGAGGAAUGUAUCAAGAGUUCAAGACCCGUGGAAGAAACUCCAAAGGAUAUUCAUAAGGAUUCAGAAGAUAGAUAUCGAACAUGGUAUUUUCCUAAGCAUAACUUCACACUGAUGAUGCUGUGGAGCAGGUUUAUAAUAGUUGGCGAGGAACAAAUGAUAAAUGGUUCAGCGUCUGAAACCUUUGAUGAUAAAUUCCAGUUUUAAAAUUGUAAAUAGGUUACUUGAAUUUGUAUAUAGGACAAUUGUUUAUGCUGUUGUCAUCCUAAAAUGUGUUCUGUUCCAUAGUGCUUCAUUGGAGCAGGAACAAUUUUCACAGUUUUUGCAAUAUUGAGGAAUGUUUAUAAAGUUUAAGUGCUAUAAGUAUUUUUUUCUUUUUCCA